UUGAGUAAGCGAGACAGGUUUGAGGACGUAGCAACAGGGUUAUGAGGCAGCAGGGGAGAAUCGGCAGGGCUCUUUUAGCGGGAUAUUUGGCAGUGACUUUAGCCGGAAGGCAGCUCUCGUUUGGGUGCGAAACACUUAGCGAAAAGCACGUGUUUUUGAACAGAGCUUACGGGACCUGUGUCACGAUGGCUGAAGAGGCGAAGAAGCGUGCUGGUAUCAUAGCGGUGGACAACCACGUCCAGAACAACCAAGUGGUAGGAGUAGGAAGUGGCUCUACCAUUGUUUACGCUGUGGACAGGCUGGCGGAGAGGGUUCGCCAGGAGAAGCUCAACAUCGUGUGUGUCCCCACGUCUUUCCAGGCCCGACAGCUCAUCCUUCAGCGCGGCCUCACCCUCUCAGACCUCGACCGACACCCAGAGCUGGACGUGGCCAUCGAUGGGGCAGAUGAAGUGGACUCUGCACUCACCCUGAUCAAGGGAGGAGGGGGCUGUUUGACUCAGGAGAAAAUUGUGGCUGGCUGUGCCAAACACUUCAUCGUCAUCGCUGAUUUCAGGAAGGACUCCGCACACCUGGGCCAGCAGUGGAAGAAGGGCGUGCCCAUCGAGGUCAUCCCCAUGGCCUACGUGCCCGUUACCAGGGUGAUCGUGCGGCGCUUUGGCGGGGAGGUGGCCCUACGCAUGGCCGUCAGUAAAGCGGGCCCUGUGGUGACGGAUAACAGCAACUUCAUCCUGGACUGGAAGUUUGAGAAGCAGCACAACUGGAAGGAGGUCAACACUGCCAUAAAGAUGAUCCCAGGAGUGGUGGAGACGGGUCUGUUUGUAAACAUGGCGGAGAGGGUGUACUUUGGGAUGGAGGAUGGAAGCGUGCGUACCAGAGACCCCCCGAUACACUGAGUAGCCUCUUCCUCUCUGACCUCUGACCCCACCCUACUCUCACCAGCAUUCCACCCGAAGUGCCACAGACCCCCCCCCCCCCCCCCGUCCUGAGGCCUGCCUCUGCUGCUCUGCAGAAACCGUCAGAAACAUCCUGCUCAUCCUCUCCCGCUCAACACGCUACGUUAAUCAUCCACCUCACGUCUUUUAGCUUUAUCCGGAGGGGUGAUCUUCAGCGCGGGUCCAAAGUUUGAACGUUUGGAAAUGUUGUGCUUUCUCUAAGUUUGCCUUGCUGCUCUGGGUUUUACCACGAGCAGCCUGUCCUUUUUCCGUUGCUUCUGUGUGUCUUUGUGCCGUAGGUCUGUGCCGGUUCACUCUCUGUGCCUCUGUGUCCCACAUCGCUCCUCCCACCUCCUCUCGCCUCCUUUCGCCUCCUUCUGGACCCAAGCUCCCAGGACGGUGAAACUACAGAGACCCUUAUACUGUGUGUUUCAGGGAUCGCGUGAUUAUCUGUAAUCGUUACGUUGUAAAGACGUGUAUCUUGUGUACGUUAUGUUACUGUUGUUUCUAAUGUGUGUUUUGUGUCAAGGUAAUCCUGAUACAUCAUCCUCCUUAAUGGGAUACAGGUUCGGUAUCCUACUCAAGUCGCAGUGUAAUUUUGUUUUUGGUUCUGACCCUGUUCAAUCAGUACACUGGUGUAGAUGCUCACCUUGGUCACAUGUACUUUUACUAUGGUACUGAGGAUCGUUCAGGUACGGCUGAGAUGUAAAAUCACUUCUCAGGAUGAGUGAAUGGUGAACAUGGUUAUGGUUGUUACGAUUCUCUCGUCAGAAAAAGGAAUCUGGAGUUAAUGUUUAGCUGUAGCCUUGUGUAACAAAAUCCUUUCAAGAGCAUGUGACACCAGCAUACUGCACCGUCCUGAGAGCGAUCCAGGCUUUCUGUGCGAUUGACGUUUGAUUGGCGCUGUCUGAAAUGUGCCCUUGGCAAGUACAUGAUGUCCCAGAAGACAUCGAGAAAUACGGUGACGUUUUGGGACAGGCCUUUUUCUGAACAUGAAUAUUUAGACAAAAUUGUGUCAGUUGUAUCAGUGAAUGUUAUAAGUGUAUACCUUAAAUAAUGUGCUUGUUUUCAUGAAAAAGUGAAAGAUAAUAGUUUAGCAUUGUAAUUUCACAUAUGGGUGCCUUUUCUUUGCAGCAUGCAGUUUGAACAGAUUAGCUGCUCCUCCGUUUCCUAUUGGCUGAGAGCUGGGUGCUACUGACCUAUCAGGGCUGUGAGGUUGUCUGGUGUUGUCGUCGCUGUUGUGCUUGGGGCGUGGCGUUUCGCUCUCUGCGGCGUGCAGUCUGACGAUGAAGUCUCCACCACGGACCAAAGAGACGCCGUUUGUGUGGAGAACGGGCUUCUGGCUGUGACGCUCUUUCUGUCACACCACUGCAUCUUAUUUCUCUUCUCCAACAGCAAGACUUUGGCCUGCAUUCCGUAAACAUUUAGCUUUCAUUUCAAGUCAGGAUUAAAUGCUAAUAUUUUUUUUGCGGCCUUCACGAGCACUGUUUAGUCAGUUUAACGACCAGCAAAAUUGCCACAUCAAGCUUUAUGAAAGCGAAAAAACAUUUCGAUAAACUUUUGGAAGACAAAUGCUUAUUGAAUGCAGACCUUUGUUGAACUGCUGGUUUUUGGUUUUGCACUACAACCUGGGGCGUCUUGUUUUUGGGGAUGCUUCUUGGAUUUUGAUUGGCUCACCUUCGCAUGGUUGUUUUGACCUUUCGUGGUUAAAAACUGAAGUGCUUUAGUUGAUGUGGAGUGUUCAGUGGGUUGCGCUCCACACUAAUGUAACUGAAUUUGGCUGAAGGAGACUUGUUCACCUUUGACCUCUUGUUACAGUUGUGUGUGAAGAGUCAACGGUGUCGGAAGUAGCUGAAAAAGCAUUUUUCUUUUCUUUAUGAACAUGAAUUUUACUUUUGGGAUUUGUAUUUCCCAACACGUAGUCUUGAAUGCACAAAUUGAGUAUGUAAUUUAAAAUGAAUUCAUAUUUUACAAAAUUGACUUUUUUAUUUUCUUGAAAGUUUUCCAAAUCGUUUUUACGUUCAAAUUUUAAAAUUGAAAUUUUAAAUUCACAUUCAGUUCUGUGGCACUAAUUUCUCUACUUUUGUGCCUCUAACCUGCUGCUUUGAGUUCAUCUGAACUUUAACAUGAGAUUUUGUUGAAUCUGUGGCUCAGGUGCCUACUGUUUGGCCUUCUAACCGCUUGUUUAUUUUCAUUCUUAACUGAGGUUUUUUAUUAGACUAGUAGACAUUUCUGAAUUAUUUUGGCACUAUUGUAUGUAGUGAAUUGAAGAAUUAUUGAACCAGAAAUGAGAACAACCUGUUUUACAACCGUAUGCAAUACAAGACGUGGAACCAA